AUAAAAUUAUAGAAACAAAAUUUUGAUAUCUAAUUCACCUUAAAAUAUUUCAUCUAAAUUUUUGUAAAUUCGGAAGAAAGUAAAUUAUAUGUUUUAAUAAAUUCGGAAAGAAAAUAAAUGAAAAUAUUUUGAAAAAUUAAUUGAAAAAAAUGUAAAAAUUUUUCCUUUUGUAAUUGUGUGAUUAUAAUAAGUGUCUAUAUGUGAAAGAGUUGAAAAAACUAUCAAAAAAAAAAAAAAAAAUUUCGAAAAAAUGAAUAUUAUCUACUGCUGUAUUAUUUUAAGUGUAGUUUGUUUUGUGCCAAUUAUCAGCGAAAACUAUCAUUGCGUUUGGCAUGGAGAAUGUUCGAGAUUAAUAGAUCAUCCUUGCGCGACAAAUAAAUCGGCUGUUGUUCUCGAAGACAAACUUAACGCAAAAGCAAUAUUAAAAAAACGAUGUCCUCAUUUUUUUGAAAAUGGAACAGAAACACCGAAAGUUUGUUGUGAUGCCAAUCAAGUGAUUAAAUUAGACAAUGGAUUGAAACAAGUUGAAGCAGUUUUUGGUAGAUGCACAACAUGUAAAAGAAAUCUUUUUAAAUACUUUUGUGAAUUUACAUGCGCCUCGGAUCAAAGUCGAUUUAUGAAAGUCACCAAAUUUAUCGAAGAUGAUUUAAAAUUGCCAAGUGUUUUGGAGACUGAAAUGUAUAUCUCGGAGGAAUUUACAAACGCUACUUAUGAAUCGUGUAAGGGAACAAUCGUACCAACUACCGGAAGAUUGGCAAUGGAUUUAGGAUGCGGGAAAUAUACUUCUAUCGAUUGUACUCCAAAACGGUGGUUUAAUUUUUUCGGUACUACUCCAGACGAUGGUGGUUUUUCUCCAGUGCACUUGAUAUUUAUUUACAAUGAAACAGAGAAACAAUUGUAUCAUGCAACAAAGCGGUGUAACGAAUCAUAUGACGAAUUCUCGGAACCUUGCAGUUGUAUCGACUGUCCAAGUACCUGUCCGCCAAUGGAAAUAACUGCUGAAAAUUCACCAUUUCUUAUUAUUGGCUUAAAUGGCUAUGGAAUUAUUGGUUGCAUCAUUAUUCUCUACAUGACACUAAUGAUUGUAUUUUUAUCAUACAUGUGGACAAGGCACACGUCCAAAUUGGAAAUGAAACCAAAUGAUAAUUUCGAAAGGUUACAAAAUUGCAAGACAAAGGCAAAAAUGCACGUUUAUGGAGUUCUGCAAACAUUUUUCAUUGUCUGGGGAAAAUAUUGUGCACAAUAUCCGACAGUGAUUCUCUGCCUUUGUUCCUAUGUAAUUAUGGGUCUGAGCUAUGGAGCACUGAAUCUCAAAAUCACAGUGAAUCCCAUUGAAAUAUGGGCCUCGCCAAACAGUCGUUCGCGAAUCGAGAAAGAUUAUUUUGACCGAACAUUUAAACCGUUCUACAGAACUGAACAAAUUUACAUUAGAGCGAAGGGUCUCGAUCCUGUUUUCAAUGAAAUGCCCGAUGGUGUUAAGAAAUAUGGACCAGUUUUUAAUCAACAAUUUCUAGAAGCUGUUUAUGAUUUACAGAAGAACAUUUUAGAGCUUGGCCAAGAGACCGAUGAGGGAUUGGAAAAAAUUUGUUACGCCCCAACUCAAAAUGAAUUCACCGGACCAGUGAAAAUUGAAAAUUGUGUGGUUCAAAGUAUUUGGGGAUACUUUCAAAAUAAUAUAACGGAUUUUCAUAAGAAGAACAAUGAAACGAAGAACUACUAUUUGAAUCAGCUGGAGCUAUGUCUACCAAAUCCGUUCAAUCCAGUUUGCCUCGGUACCUAUAAGGGACCAAUAUUUCCGGCAAUUUCGCUCGGUGGUUUUUUAAAGAAGGAAACGUACAAUUAUGAUGUUUCGAGUUAUAGAAAUGCGACUGGAUUGGUUUUAACAUUUAUGGUUAGAAAUACAGUGAAUGAUGAGGAACUGAAGCCAAUUGUCAAAUGGGAACAAAAAUUUAUUGAUUUUAUGAAAAAAUGGAAUGAAGAGGAUCGACCGGAAUUUAUGGAUGUUGCGUUCAGUGUUGAGAAAUCAAUUGAAGAUGAACUUGAUAGGGUAUCGAAGGCGGAGAUUUUUACCAUUGCCAUUAGUUACGCUCUUAUGUUUAUUUAUAUUGCGUUUGCUUUGGGAAAAUUUGAGAGUGUUAGCAAAUGUUUUGUGACGAGUAAAGUUAUUUUAAGUAUCGGAGGGAUUUUGAUAGUUUUAGCCUCAGUGACUUGUUCGUUGGGCGUUUUUGGUUACUUUGGAAUUCCAACGACUUUAUUGACAAUUGAGGUGGUUCCAUUUUUGGUCCUGGCUGUUGGUGUGGACAAUAUUUUCAUUUUGGUGCAAACAUUCGAGAGGCAUCCCCGAUUUUCUUCAGUUCCGGAACACAUGAGCCGAAUUUUAGGAAUUGUCGGACCGUCCAUGCUCCUAACGAGUGCUUCCGAGUGUUGCUGUUUUCUGAUUGGCGCUUUGUCAUCAAUGCCGGCUGUCAAAACAUUCGCAAUGUACGCGUCCCUGGCGAUUUUUAUUAAUUUCUGUCUGCAAAUAACGGCCUUCGUUUGUUUAUUGACACUUGACACGAAUCGAUCAGAGAAUAACCGUCUCGACAUUUUCUGUUGCAUUACGACGACUAACACUUCAACGGAAUCAAACGGUCAGAAUGGACUCAUUAAAAGAUUUUUCAAAAAUCUCUACGUGCCGUUUUUGAUGCGAAAACCGACAAGAAUAUUGGUCAUGUUAUUUUUCCUAUUGGCGGUCGCAUUAAGUGUUGCGGUCGCUCCAAAUUUGUCUAUUGGUUUGGAUAAGAAACACUCGAUGCCCGACGAUUCUUAUGUUCUCAAAUUCUUCGAGUUUAUGGAGGAAUUUUUGUCAAUGGGACCACCAGUUUACUUUGUAGUCACGAGGGGAUUGAAUUAUAGUUUAGAGAGAGUGCAGAACGCAAUUUGCGGAAGUCAAGGUUGCCAUACUGAUUCCUUAUUCUCGCAAAUUCACUCCGCCACCAAACAACCAUCAAUAUCAUAUUUAACAAAUUCAGUUUCCUCUUGGAUUGACGAUUACUUCGAUUGGACAACAGUUGAGGGAUGUUGUAAAUAUUUUGAGGGCAAUCAUUCCUACUGUCCACACACGAAUAACUACUGUCAAGACUGUAAGGUUCCAACAUCGAAGAAACGUAAAACACGACCGGAUCAGAAAAAUUUUCGGAAAUAUAUGAAAGCUUUCUUAACUGAUAUUCCGGAUGAUGAAUGCGCAAAAGGUGGUCGUGCUGCUUAUUUAGAUGCUAUUAAUUAUAAUAUUGAUAAAUAUGGAAAGAUGGAUGUUGGCGAUUCGUAUUUUAUGAGUUAUCACGUUCCAUUGGUGAAGGAUUCCGAUUGGUAUGAAUCGAUAAAGGCCUCGAGAAGAGUCGCCGAUAAUAUAACAAUGAUGAUUAACGAAGGGAAAAUUAGUAAUGAAACAGUAUCUGUGUUUCCUUACAGUGUUUUUUACGUAUUUUACGAGCAAUAUCUGACGAUAUGGUGGGAGACGCAAAGUUUUCUGGCAUUAGCGGUGGGAGUGAUUUUUAUCGUCACGUUCAUUUUCACUGGCUUCUCUUUCUUCUCUGCAUUUAUUGUCGUAUUAAAUGUCACAAUGAUAAUUAUCAAUUUAAUGGGACUUAUGUAUUGGUGGAAUAUUUCCCUGAAUGCCGUGUCGCUCGUUAAUCUCGUCAUGGCUGCCGGCAUUUCGGUGGAGUUUUGCAGUCACAUUGUUCAUUCCUACCUAACCUCAAAAUUCGAAACGAAAGAAGGAAAGACAAGUGAUGCAUUAACCCAAAUGGGAAGUUCUGUACUUUCAGGUAUUACUUUAACAAAAUUUGUCGGAAUUAUCGUUUUGGCUUUCGCGAAAUCAAGAAUUUUUCAAAUCUAUUAUUUUCGUAUGUACUUGGGAAUUGUUUUAAUUGGCGCAGCUCAUGGUUUAAUAUUCCUUCCCGUCUUAUUAACAUUUAUCGGUCCAUUGUCAAAUAUUUACUUAUCGGAAUCAUCGUCUCCAAGUUGGAAAAAUGUAAGAUUGUAAUUGUCAUGCAAAUAAAUGUAAUAUUUUUAGAAA